AUGGGUAUAGUACGAACCAUCGCAAUUAUCAUCCUCAGCAUCUCAUUUGUCGUUUUCGUUGCUCUUUUUGGACGGCUUCCCGCUCUUAGACGGACUCCCAUCGCCUUUCUACAUAAACUACUAUGGCAUCAUGUUCCCAAUGCCGUUAUUUAUGUCGACGACAAGAUCACGGGCCGCCGCUUCACCCGCGGCCUGGCGAGGACGGGGAACUACCUCUUGAAUGACGCUCAUCCAAUCGUGCUUGUAUUCUUUGUUACAUUACAGGUAGUUGGAGAAUUGCUUUUUAUCCCAUCGGCAUGGAGUCGGCUCAGCACAUGGCAAGCCUUGCCCAUACCAUUUCUCGUGGCGGCGCCUUACUGGUUUUUGUACUUGUCGUCGACCACAAGCUCUAACAUUACACACAGUAGUCAUCGAAAGGCGAUGCUCGCUUACCCGUAUGAUUAUUGCCUGUUCCACCCUGGAUAUUACUGCAGCACUUGCCGGUUUCCCAAGCCUGCGAGGUCAAAGCACUGCUCGCUGUGCAAAGCCUGCAUCGAGAAGCAGGAUCACCACUGCAUCUGGAUCAACAACUGCGUCGGUCGCAACAAUUACAUCUGGUUUAAUCUCCUGCUGCUAACCAUUACGGCACUACUUGCUUACGGCGCCACCCUCGGCUAUACUCUUCUGGAUGCGCGGCUGCAGGAGAGAUUGGUGCCUGCGGCGCUCACCCGAGGCAGCGUGACGGCGAAGCGAUGGAGCACGAGAUUGACAUGGUCACAGUGGGCCAACAUGUGGGCUUGGGCAAUCAGUGUGGACUGGCAGAUUGGGGCCGUCAUGAUGCUGAGCGCGAUGAGCUGCCCGCUCAGCCUCAGUUUCCUGCUGUACCAUGUCUACCUCAUGUGGGCCGGAAUGACCACGAACGAGAGUGCCAAAUGGGCAGAUUGGAAGGACGAUGUCCAGGACAAUGUGGUCUGGAGAGCAGAGAUCCAGAAACUACGCGAGACAUACCCCCGCUUGCCUCCCGACGUGGAGCCUGAGGAUGAUCUCGUGCAAUGGCCCCGCGAGGUCCGAGCCAAGUGGUGGAUGGUCAGGACGAGAGACGGCGAUCAACCGACCUUGAAGAAGGUGGGCAGUCAGAUCCAGGAUGAUAGCGAGGUGACUGAUGUGCCGGAUGAGCGGUGGGAAAGGAUCCAGAGCAUGCGUGAGGUGGACAAUCUUUAUGAUCGUGGAUUUUGGAUGAAUUUGGUGGAUGGCAUGUUCAAUAGAGGAUAG